CUAAAAAGAAUUUGAGGGAAUGAUCCUGCAGCUCACCAAGGGGAUCCACGGUGGCUUCCUGACGUCCGCUUUAAGGAAGUCCGAAACUUUAGCCUUCUUACCGAUUGACUUCUUCUUAUCCGGUAGACCGACUCGUGAUGUCUGGCGAACACAGCGAGGGCCAGGAGGCUAUGAACGUAUACUCCGUAACCCUCAGUGGCCCAGCGCCUUGGGGCUUCAGGCUGCAGGGUGGCAAGGACUUCAGCAUGCCCCUCACUGUGUCAAGGCUGACCCCGGGCGGAAAGGCAGCUCAGGCCGGCGUCGGGGUGGGAGACUGGGUGGUGUCCAUCAGUGACACCAAUGCAGAGGAGAUGACCCAUGUGGAGGCACAAAACAAGAUCAGAGCAGCAACAGACUCCCUCACCCUCACCCUCAGCAAAGCCUUCAAAGCUGGCGAAAACCAGAAGGACUCGCUCGCUGCGGCUUCUGUUCUGCCAAAGUACUCCUUUGCCCCCAGCUCAACCAUUAACAAGAUGGCGAGGCCAUUUGCAGCAGGUGGUGGUAGUGCCAACUCAGGACCUGCUAUUAAACCUGUGGCCUACUCUCCUAAACUUAACACCCCAAGCUCACAGGGCCGUGCCAGUAUGCAGCAGCCACAGAAUGGCCUUGAGCCAACUCCCUCACCUGCCAAGGCCCAGGCAGCAGAUAAACCAGAUGGCUCCAAGACUGCAGCUGCAGCAGCAGGCCGUUCAGGUCCUUCCUGUCGACCACCGUGGGUCACUGACCCCACUUUCGCCGACCGCUUCCGCCCUGACAAGACUAGCACCGUCGUGACCCAGCACCAGCAGCCGGUCCAGCCGACGCCGAUGGAGAACCGCAGCUCCAUCCUGCAGGCAGCGCAGCAGGCACCCGAAGACAGCGGGAGGACCCCGGUAUGCGGUGCAUGCAACAAAAUCAUAAGAGGUCGGUACCUGGUAGCGCUGGGGCGUUCUUGGCACCCAGAGGAGUUUACUUGUUCACAGUGCAAGGCGGUCCUGGAUGAGGGGGGCUUCUUCGAGGAGAGAGGGUCUGUCUACUGUACCAAGUGCCACGAUAACCGAUAUGCUCCGAACUGUGCCAAGUGCAAAAAGAAGAUCACAGGGGAAAUCAUGCACGCCCUGAAGAUGACCUACCAUGUCGAGUGUUUCAAGUGUGCAGCAUGCAAGACUCCCAUCAGGAAUCAAGCCUUCUACAUGGAGGAGGGCGAACCCUACUGUGAGAAAGACUAUGAGAAGAUGUUUGGCACCAAAUGCCAUGGCUGCGACUUUAAGAUUGAUGCCGGGGAUCGCUUUCUGGAGGCCUUGGGCUACAGCUGGCACGAUACGUGCUUCGUCUGUGCUCUCUGCCAAAUCAACCUGGAGGGGAAGACGUUCUACUCGAAGAAGGAUAAGCCCCUGUGCAAAGGCCAUGCCUUUGCUCCAGUGUGAGAGAGCGAGCUUCAUCUUCAGAGGAAGCAACACUUCUCUCUCUCCCUCCUCUUUACCCCACUCCGCCCUCCGGCACACUCGUACACACUCUACAUCUCUUCUCUUCACCAACCACACACCUAGUUACACUCCGUUUUUCUUUUUUUCUAUCCUUUGUUUCUACAUUUGAGGCUCAGAGAGACAAUUCAACCCCAAAUCAAAAAUACAUAUUUUUUCCGUUACUUAUAGAGCUGUUUAUCAGUCUGGAUUGUUUUGGUGUGAGUUGCUGAGUGUUUGCGAUAUCAGCCAUAGAGAUGUCUGCU